CCUCCACCACUCCUCCACCACUCCCUACCCCCUGCGCGACUGCGCCUCCGCGUGGGGCUGCGCCGCCACCGGGCGCUCGCGCCUCCGCCGGCCCGCGGCCCCGCCCCACGCCGCGUCGUCGCCUGCCUGUCGAUCCGACGGACCCUUCCUGGGAGCUGGCCUGCUCAGGGUGGGCUCGCGCCUCCUGCCGGCGCCCCGCGCGGGCGCGCCCUGACCCCGGCCGCUCGGUGCAGCUCCGCAGCCCGCAUCCGGCAGGCACCGGCCAGCGCCCACCGCCUCCCGCCCGGCCACCCCGACGCGUGUGGGUACUGCACACGCACCGCGAGCUGCAGGGGGCGCGGGCACCAGCCGCAGCAAGCCACCAGCCAUUCCAGCAGUUUUUCUGGAUGUACUGGGACCAUGGAUCAAGAACAAAAAAGAGAAGCACCUUGUGGCCUCUAUACUUACAAGCAUCAUUGUAGCAUGGGAGUUGAUGUCCAUGAGGUCUUUGUUAAGAAGAGCAGACUGCGGAUUGUCCUUUCAUACAUUGGCAUUGUGUUCCUUCUUGUGAAUGUCAGCCAACCAUUGCUGGCCAAGGAGAGUCUAUCCCUUGGAUCAGUUUGGAAUAUUACCUUUGCAGUUCUUGUUGCCAAAUGUUUGCAAUACAAACCUGUGAAGAAAGAGUCUGUAGUGAUUAUGCCAGCUUUCGGGGUUCAGCUAGAGAUCCAUUUUUGGAGUGGAAGAGUUGAUCGUCGUUUUGUGCCCAUUGGCAAGAUUCUGAAGCCACUGAUAAAUGAGUGCGUGACACCGGUGACCUGUUAUUGGAGCUUGGCACUUCUUUUGCGUGAUGAAGAGGAACUCCUGCUAGUUUUCCAGAAAUCUCAUCCCCCUGUCAAAAUCUUGGUUCCAGUAUGGAAGGCUCUCUGCACAUGGACAAACUCUAAAUGCCCGAGUCCCUCUAGAGCUGAUAACCCGAGCUGUUCAGAAACAUGAGCGAUCUGGGGCUUAAGUGUAGAUAUAUGUAUGCUCCAAAGAAGCAUCUGCAGUUGAUAUACAUUAGAUUGAGAUUAUUGGAACUGUUGAUGAUGUCAUAGGACUCACCGGUGCUAGCGGCACUGAUUGCUAGAAGGAAAUGUUUACCUGGUGGUUUCAGCUGAAGUGUAUACCGCUUAACGCUAACCAUUCAUAUUCCAUACUAGUACUGAUCUGAAUAGUACUGAAUAGCAUUCACUUUCUGAUGUAAUUUUCGGUCCACGGGUCUGAAAUAUGUGAUGCCAACUAUAAGCAGUUCAAAUGAACUCUGUCAUGUGUGGGAAGAUCAGAAGAUGCAAGGUUUUGUUAAACAAUCUCAA